CAUCUUACCCUCCCCCAAAUUUUCUCGUCUCCCCCCUUCCCUUCGGCGAUGGAAUCCGAUCCCCCGGGGAUCCAACCUCGCCGUGGGCGGGACGAGGACCCCGCCACCGCCGCAUCAUCCUCCGCUGAGAUCCCGGCUCCGACGGGCCUCGUGGCGCAGCCGGCGGAGGCGAGGGGCAGGUGCUUGUGGCGGAAGGGAGGGGCAGCGGCGGUGUCGUGGGGGGCCGCGUCGACGGUGGGGCGGCGCAAGGAGAUGGAGGACGCCGUCGCGGUGGCGCCGGCGUUCAUGGCCCUCACGUGCGAGCGGGUCGGCGGGUGCGCGGCGCCGCCGGGAUCGGGCGAGGUCUCGCACGUGCGGUUCUUCGGUGUAUACGACGGCCACGGGGGCGCGCAGGUGGCUGAUUACUGUGCAAAAAGAGUUCAUGAGGUGGUGGCAGAGGAGUGGGAUAGGAUACAGAAUCCAGAGUGCUGGAAAAGGAGGUGGGAGACAGCAUUCCAUGAUGGCUUCAAGAGGGUUGAUAAUGAGGUCAUUGAUGAAGCUGUAGCCCCAGAUAUAAUUGGGUCAACUGCUGUUGUCGUAGUAAUAUCAGGUUGUCAAAUCAUCUCCUCUAAUUGUGGUGACUCGAGGGCACUUCUCUGUCGUGGGAAUCAAAGAAUCCAGUUAACCAUUGAUCAUAAGCCUGACAGAGAAGAUGAACUCAUGCGCAUUGAGAGCCUAGGUGGAAGAGUCAUAAACUGGCAAGGGUGUAGAAUUUCUGGUGUUCUUGCAGUGUCCCGGUCUAUAGGUGAUCGAUAUAUGAGACCUUGGGUUAUUCCUGUACCCGAGAUCAGUUUUAUGUCUCGAAGCGAGGAUGAUGACUGCUUGAUUUUGGCUAGCGAUGGAUUAUGGGAUGUUAUGUCCAUUGAAGAGGUUGGGGACAUGGCUUGUCGUCAUUUUAGGUGGCAGCGGCGGAAUGGACUAGUAGAUGGAGUGUCACCUGCACAGGCUGUUGCUGAUCAUCUUACCGAGCUGGCUUACCAGAAAAACAGUUCCGACAACAUAUCUGUAGUGGUAGUGGACUUGAAGUCCAGGAGCAGGCGUAGGCCUAGACAGUGAGAAGGUAGAAGGGUUUUGGUAGACUGCAACGCUUGUGCCUUCAAUGCUGUCUUUUAUGCAUCCAAGAGAAAUAUACCAAGUGUCAACCAAGGCUGGUACUAGUAUCCACUGAUGCAUUGUUGAACGGGAAGGUCGAACAUGGCUUCUGCUGUGAUCUACCCUAAUGUCCAACACAAAAGAAACUACGGAAGUGGUUGAAGAUUACAUCCAUGGCUUGUUUCCUGCUGUAGUUGGGCGGCAUGAAGCUGCAGAAUCCAGUCUGAGGUUGGCACAAACAGACAUAUAUAGAUUCUGCAACCUUUUCUUCUAACAAUGGAGGUAACCUUUGAAGAAAGGCAGAAAGUAUGAGAUUGGCUUCUUUCUUCAGCGAUACCAACUUCUACGUUGUUCUCCAACACCCUUGCUAGCUUCUACGCAGGUGCUGCAUGGAUUCAGGAUAUGACAUGAACCUCUGAUUGGCUGUUGCAGUUUCGGAUAUGAGGAAACUCCAUUUUAUUCCUCAAGCUUGACUCAAAAGUGCAUAUAUCGUUGUCCAGAAUCAGGGUCUGCUAUAGUCGACAAUAUUAUUAUUAUUUUUAGAUUAUACUGCAAUAAUUUGCUAUCCAGCAUCAAGUUUUCUGAAGUUUGAAGCAGCCGAGUUCGAUGCAAGGAUUUAAGUGUUGCGCCUCGGCAAAGCAUCAUGCUGCAGCCAAUCUGGCCGGUACUGGUUACUCGGCCAGAAGUAUAUGGGAAGUGCAAUUGAUUGAUGAGAUCAUGGUGUUAGAUUUGGAGAGCUUCAGUGCGUAUGGUAUGCACUACAGUGAUGCCUGAGCUAUGUGUGCGUGUCAUGGAAAAGCUCCAGAAGGUAUGGGUCCUAAGCUAUCUAUACAAGUUGUAGCCUUUUAGUGAUCUGAAGUGGCUAUGAUGAAAUACUGUUGUUUGUUGUCUGAAGAAUUUCACGUUAGUCGAGUCAUGCGAAUUAUUUACUUGGUGAAUGCCUUUUACCUGAGGGAUUAACUUGUGGUGUCACCAGAUCUGAUGCUACAACUUGAAUUGGUAGUAGUUAGUGUCAUAUUGGUGGUCGAUUCAAGUCACGGAUUCAUCGAGUCGAAAGUGAAUAGUCUAUCAGGAUAAUUCUCUCAAGAUUCUUGAAUUGGAAGUGUUUCUUGCAAAACUAGUGAGUGUACUCGACUAGAAUUUCUGAUCUUGAACCAUACCUAAGAUGGUUUUUUAUUUAUGGAAUAGAAGAUAAUAUUUUGGAGAAAAUCAUUCUCUUUAGCUCAUGUUGAUGUGGCAAGUUUUGUUGACUGGCCUUGUGCGUUGAUAGAUCCAAAAUAUUGAUCAUAUCAUUUA